AUGUCAAAAUUAAUUAUAAUAUUAUUUGCUUUAAUAUUUAUCACUACUUCAAAUGCUUGGAUUAGAGGAGGAAUCAGUGGUGGACUGUUAAAUGUAGUGUAUUCAAGUUUCUAUGAUAUCAAUUCAAUGUCAAUCAGUGAGUUGCACUCACGAAGUGGUUGGACACCAGCUGAUAAUGACAAUUAUCCAACUGUAGUUGCUGGUUCCGAUGAUAUUAAGCAUUUCCAUGGUAUCGGUAUUAGAAUUCCCUACAAUUACGAUAUGCUAAAUGCAUCGAACAAUCCAAACUCUGGAUAUGUUACUAAAAUGAAGAUCGAAUAUUCAUUGAAUGGCAUUCAUUACAAAGACUAUGGAGUCGUCGAAACCGGUCUUAAUCAUACUACUUGGAGCUAUUUCCAAAUUGUUUAUCUCUUCAAAUACAGUUACAAUAUUUAUGGAAGAAGUAUUAAAAUCGAACCAGUUGAAUGGGUUGGCAAUAAACCAUCGAUGAUCAUGGAGGUAAUAUAUUACCCUAUUAAAUUGACUCAAACUGGAACCGUUCGUUCACUGGAUCCAAUCUUUUGGCAGGCAGCUCCCAACGGUGUUGUCAGAGAGUUCAAAAAGAAGGUGUACUUUGAAACUCCUUUCGUCGCACCACCCAAAGUUGCUAUUUCAAUAAAUACACUUUCAAGCAGUAAAGAAUCAUCGACCAUUAUAAGUGUUGCCGCUCAAAACGUUACCAGAUCCGAUUUCAUUGCAGUAUUUGGAACAUGGGGUGACGCUGUUUUCUGGGAUGUCAUUUCGACCUAUGUCGCAACUAUGGAUGAACAAUUAUAUUAUCCUGAGCAACUUCCAAAUUCUUGA